AUGGAUGUUGAAUUAAAUGUAACAUUGUUAACUCUAGGUGGGUUUGCAGAAUUGCACAAAUACAGGUAUCUCUAUUUUGUGAUCAUAUUUACACUUUAUAUUCUGAUACUCUGCUUUAAUUCCACUAUAGUUUUCCUUAUCUGGACUCACGAAAACCUUCACGAGCCAAUGUACAUAUUUAUUGCAGCUUUGUUAAUCAACUCUGUUCUUUACAGCAUGAUUAUCUAUCCAAAGCUCUUAUCUGAUGUUUUGUCUGAAAAACAGAUGAUAUCAUACCCACUCUGUCUUUUCCAAGGUUUAUCAUAUUGCACCUCGGUUGGUUCAGAAUUUUUACUGUUGGCAGCAAUGGCAUAUGACAGGUAUGUGUCUAUAUGUAAACCCCUGCAAUAUCCAAUUAUUAUGAAUAGAAUAACUAUUUAUGUAUGUCUGAUUUUAGCUUGGCUUAUACCUGCUUUUGAAACCUCAGUGCUGGGUGUGUUGUAUUCGAAUGUCAAACUCUGUAGCUUUACCCUGACAGGAAUUUUUUGUAACACUUCACUUUACAAGCUUCAGUGUGUGCCCUCGGUCGCAAUAUCUAUAUAUAGUAUGGUCAUGUUGAUAAACAUUGCCCUUCUACCUUUGCUUUUCAUACUUUUUACAUACAUCAGGAUUCUUAGAAUAUCUUACCAUUGUUGUAGAGAAGUGAGGAAAAAAGCUGUAAAGACAUGUUUACCCCACCUGCUGGUGUUAACCAACUUUUCCUGUUUUAUUUUCUUUGAUAUAAUUAUAGUUCGACUGGAUUCUGAUCUAUCCAAAACUCUUCGUUUGACAUUGACGUUUCAGUCAAUUUUAUUCCAUCCUCUUUUAAAUCCAAUCAUAUAUGGACUCAAAAUGAAUGAAAUUUUCAAACAUAUCAAAAUAUUGUUGUCAAUAUGUCCGUCCUUACCAAUAGAGGGGGUGGCCAUGUUGCUAGGAAAUGAUAUUACGGGCGAAUUAGUGCGUCCUAGUCUGGAGGUGCUGGAUAAGCCCUUCAGUUCUAAUGCCCCAGAUAUUUCUGUGACCCCAAAGCUGUACCCAGCCUGUGUGGUUACUCGUGCCCAAGCCCGUAAAGAUGACUUGGUAAACCCUGAGGAGCCUAGUCCAUCUGUAAAAGAAAUACCACUGCCUUUAACCAGAGAAAAUCUGUCGGCGGCCCAGUUGGCUGAUGAAUCGUUGCAGCGAUGUUUUAAGAGUGUGGACUGGAGUAAGGUUAAGCAGAUUGUCAUACCCACGCUGUAUCGGUCAAAGAUCCUGGCGCUUGCUCGUGAAAGCCAGUGUGUGCCAGGACUCGUGGAUGACUGGCUGCUGGGAGUCCUGUGCCAGCCUUCUUUUAUGCAGAUCACAGUGUGCCAGACCUCGCGGACGAUUGGCUGCCUGGAGAUCCCAUGA